AUGAAGACACAAUCUCUAAUCAGUAUGGGCUUAUUGCCUAUACUAUCAGUAAACGCAGCAUAUACCUGGCCUUCAAAAUACGACGAAUUAGAGGAUAUUCUUUACCUACAAGCAGGAUACAGACGCUACGGAUUUAGAGACGGUGUUACACCAUGUGGCUUCUCAGCUGAUGGUAGUAAUCGAGAGACAGCUGCAGAAUGGAUCAAAACGGCUUACCAUGAUAUGGCAACGCAUGAUGUAGAAACUGGUCUUGGAGGACUUGAUGCUUCGAUAGCUUAUGAGCUUGGUCGUGCAGAGAAUCCCGGUUCGGCUUUCAAUGGUACUUUUGGAUUCACAAACAACUAUGCCUCGAUCAAAUCGUCUAACUCUGAUCUUCUCGCCAUGUCUGUCGUUGUUGCCUCCAUGGCAUGCGGAGGUCCAAUUAUUCCAUUUCGAGCUGGACGAAUUGAUGCCGUGCAGGCUGGUGUACCAGGUGUCCCUCAACCUGAUCAAGAUUUGGCCACGCACACUGCCAUUUUCGCAAAGCAGGGUUUCAACACUACCGAGAUGAUUACCAUGGUAGCAUGUGGACAUGUUCUCGGAGGAGUUCAUGGCGUCGAUUUCCCUCAGAUUACUGGUGAUAAUAACGAAACUAGUUUCCCACAUUUUAACAGCCAAUACGACAACUUUACCAACUCCAUCGUAACCGAAUACCUAGAGGAUAAAUCAAUCGACGUGCUUGUGGUUGGCAAAAACGACACCUUUAACUCCGACAAGCGUAUCUUCGGUGCUGAUAACAACAAAACCAUGACUUCUCUAGCAGAUCCUUCUAAUUUCCAAGCGCAGUGCCGCGACAUUUUUGCCCGCAUGAUCGACACCGUUCCUGCAAGCGUCACACUUUCAGAAGUCAUCACCCCCAUCGAAGUGAAGCCAACCGAGCUUUCCCUCGCCUUAGGCGCAAACAACACAUUAUCCUUCACAGGUUCUAUCCGCGUGCGUACCACCCACCGCAACGCCGACAACGUUACCGUAUCCCUCCGCUACCGUGAUCGCAACAACAACCUCUCAAACACCACCAUCUCAACCGAACGCGGACGCUGGCAACUAGGCCAAAGCUAUGGAUUCGCCAGGGAAGUCUUCACCUUCUAUGAAUUCGACACUGCUUUCGAUGUUACAUCCAGCAUCUCAUCUUUCGACGUCAUCAUCCAUACAGCUGGCGAAGCUGAUGAGAUCAACACCAACAAUGGCCUCGGAUUUCCCGUCUCAGACGCAAUUCUUUUGCAAGCACCACAAUCCUGUCAACCACAAAUAAUCGUGAAUGAAGCAGGCCAAUGGAAUCUCACCAUCACCGCCGCAGUCCGCGCCGAUCGUGUCGGGGAACCUGUAGCUUUCGACUGGGUUUACAAACGCUUCAUCCAAGGCGUAAUGAUAAACCAAUUGGAGGUACAACGUACGGUUAUGGAGAAAGCGAGUGAGGAGAUUGGUGGAUAUUAUCUUUACACGGCGACAAAGCCAAUUGAUACGGUACAGUGGUCGACAACAUUUGACUUGGUAUUGGGCGAGGGAGACAAUGUCUCCAAGCUUGAGUUCCUGUCGACUGGAAACUUGGCCUCUACCUCCUGGUUGGACGAAAAGGUACAGGAGAGGGAAGAUGCACACAAAACUAGGAGGAGUGCUGUUGGUGCAAGGGAUAUCCUGUACUCGAUAUUAUUCGAUAUAGUUGCAGCAACACAACAUGUCCUCAGAAUUUAA